UGUAUCAGGUUCAGAAAGACGCGCGGGAUCGUUGAGCACAGAGCUGAACGUCCUUGUUUCAUGCACAAUCUGGUCUUGAAAAUACAUCUUUGGGCUUUGGCGUUAAAUUAGGAGGAAAGUUAUUUAACUUUUCCAGGUUCAUCACAUAAAACUCCAAAGACCUAUUGCAAUUGACAAUAUGAUUUGGGGAAAGUCCGAAUCUUAACUCCCGAUAAACGCCUCUUCUUACAAUCAUUAACCGGACAAAUACGAAGUGGGGCACUGUGAACUGUAUAAAAGGGAGCUGAGAAAAUCAAGGUGGAAUCGUCCUCAACCCUGGUCACACCAUGCGGUUUUCCACUACUGUGUGCAUUUUAGUCGGCAUCUUCACUUUAGCAGCAAAUGGGUUAACAAAGCUUCGAUGGUGUGUUACUUCUGGUCCUGAGAUGAAAAAGUGCAACCAAAUGAAGGAAGCCUUUGAAUCUGCAAAAAUUCAACCCUUGAUAUCCUGUGUCACUGGAAAUUCAGCGAUGGAUUGUGCAAAAAAGAUAGUGAUCAAAGAAGCAGAUGCGGUGUCUUUAGAUGCCGAGAAGCUUUACCAGGCUACAAGGGGACAUGAACUAAAGCCAGUGGUUGGAGAGCAGUAUGAUCCAGAAGCUGGAACCUUUUAUUUUGUCGUAGCCAUUGUUAGAAAAUCAGACGAGGCAACCACUAUCAGCAAUCUGAAAAUGAAAAAGUCCUGCCACGGUGGAUACGAUAGCGUGGCAGGAUGGAAGGUUCCUAUCGGUUAUCUGAUUUACAAUAGGAAAAUACCGGUGACGGGUUGUAAGAUUCCUCAAGCUGUGAGUAAUUUCUUCACAAAAAGUUGUGUCCCUGGAGCACAAGGUGUGGAUUACCCAUCAAGUCUUUGCCAAUUGUGUAUCGGUGAUGAACAGGACAAGUACAAAUGUACAGGGGAUUCCAGGGAGAGAUAUUAUGGUGACAGUGGAGCAUUCAGGUGCCUAGCUGAAAAUACAGGUGAUGUCGCCUUUGUUAAACAUUCCACUGUCUCGGAUAAUACAGAUGGAGCUAAUGUCUCUCCAUGGGCAAAGGACCUGAAAUCUACUGACUAUCAACUUCUGUGUCGAGAUGGAAGCCGUGCUGAAGUUUCGGACUGGAAGGCAUGCCAUCUCGCCAGGGUGCCCACACGUGCAGUUGUAGUGAGAAUGGAUACUGAUGGCACAGCCAUCUUCAAUGUACUAGAUGCAGGUCAGAAACAAUUUGGCAUAAAUUCCGCUGGAUUUAAGAUGUUUGAUUCCACUUCAUAUAAUGGCAAAGAUUUGCUGUUCAAGGAUGCCACCAAACAAUUAUCUCUUGUCAGAAACCAAACUUAUCAGGCCUGGCUGGGGACAGAGUAUCUACAAUCUUUGCAAGGACUUGAUUGCUACAGCCUGCCAGAGACUCUGCGCUGGUGCACGCAGUCCAGAGGGGAAAUACUGAAAUGUGGAGCUAUGGCUGAAGCGUUCAACAGUAAAAACCUGACACCAACGAUUCAAUGUGUGUCUGGUGACAAUCCCAGUGACUGCAUGAAAAAAAUUAAGAAUAAAGAAAUUGAUGCGGUCACUUUGGAUGCAGGACAGAUUUACACAGCUGGAAAGCAAUAUGGAUUAGUGCCUGCUGCUGCAGAAAGUUACACAGAUGAUAAUGAUGGAGCAUCAUAUUAUGCCGUGGCGGUAGUAAAAAAGUCAAGUCACAAUUCGUUCACAAUCAAUCAGCUGAAAGGAAAGAAGUCUUGUCAUACUGGGCUGAACAGGACAGUUGGCUGGAACAUCCCCAUUGGGACACUGAUUGAGAGAGGUGAUAUCAAGGCUGAUAAAUGCAAGAUUAGUAAAGCGGUUAGUGAGUUCUUCUCUGCGAGCUGUGUGCCAGGCGCCAAUGAGAAGGGCGAUCCAUCAAAUCUUUGUGAUUUGUGCAUCGGGGAUGAGAAAGGGCAAUCAAAGUGUGCCUUUACUGCGGAGGAACAAUACAGCGGCUAUACAGGAGCAUUCAGGUGUCUUGUAGAAGUGGGAGAUGUAGCAUUUGUCAAACAUACAACAGUUGAAGACAACACUUAUGGAAGAAAUCAGGAACCCUGGGCAGCAAAUCUAAACGCCAGUGAUUACCAGUUGCUGUGCCUGAAUGGAGCUCGGGCAGAAGUGGAACAGUGGAGGGACUGUAACUGGGCCAAAGUUCCAUCUCAUGCAGUGAUGGUCCAUCCUACCACACCCAUCCUUACUAUCUUCGGGUUACUUGAUGCAGGACAGAAAUUCUUUGGAUCUCCUAGUGACCCCAGUAACUUUCAGAUGUUUAAUUCAUCGGCCUAUGAUGGAAAUGAUCUGCUCUUUAAAGAUUCUACUGUUAGAAUUAUAUCGACACAAGGAAAAAAUACUUAUGAAGAUUGGCUUGGAAAAAGCUACCUGGAAGCAAUUAAAAAAAUUGAAUGUUCGGGUGCAGCAAUUCCAUCGCCCGUGUUGUUGCUGCUUCUACUCAUUUCAAUGUUGCACAGUUUGUGUGUGUAAGUUGCCUGCCUUGACCUGCCACCAUGACCAAAUCAGAUGCACAGAUGAGACGUCCUUGUUGAACCGAACUGCUCAAGGAGAGGAACUGGAAAACAGAAAAUACUCUGCAUCAGACAGAAUUUAAACUGCUACAGCGCUGCAAAAAAAUGGAUGCUAAAAUAAUAAAAGGACAGUAGUUUUUCUGAGUUUACUGAUGUUGCAACAGUCACAGAGCAGCCGAUUUAAGAGAAAUUUGUAAAUUUAAGCAUGUUAUUUUGUUUUUGCAAGGUACAGUAAAGUGAUCUGGGUUGAUUUGUGAGUUGAGACAGAAGGUCAUUGUUUGUUGUAACUUAUUAGUUGCACAUUUUGUUCUUUGUACCUGUUGGCAGUGUUUCUGUAAAAGGAAAUACAACAGCAGUAGGUACAUUCCUCAUUAUUGCUGUAGAAGUAAUACUUUUAUACUGUUUACAUUUAAUGGAACUACUUAUGGAUCAAAAUAAUUUAUAUAAAAUGCUUUAAAUGUAGCUAAGCUCUUUAGCAUUUAUUGUAAAGUCUGUUCGAAAUUUUUCUGCUUGCGUUAACGAUGACUUCAGUGACUUCUCGGUAUGUAUGCAGCUGUUUGUGCUAAACAAUGAUGCCAAGUUAAGCUAAUCUCUUCUGUCCGCAUGUGAUCCAUAUCCAAGUACCUAUCCGAAAACCUCUUUAAUGCACCUAUUGUAUAUACCUCUGCUACCACUGAAUAAAUAGGUUUAAGGUCAACCCUACCUCCCCACCCAAAA